ACAUGAUAGGAUGUACAUGUAAACCACACUCUCAGCGGAGCCCUCCACCGCCAUCUCCGAGUCUUUGCACUCAACCAUUCACUCGACCAUGCAAGCGCCAGGAUUCCGGUUCAAUGAGCGAGAGUCCAAUCCAAACCAUUAUGUCGGAUUCAUCCGCGCCCUCAAGGCCGAGCCCGACCACACGGAUGCCGAGAUGAUACUGAAAGCAGUUGCCGCCCAAAUGAAAAAAGUCAUGCAGCAUCGAUACAUGUUCAUACACACUUUGGAGGAAGCAGCGUUCAAUCGAGUCUUUGCAGGUCGUAAUUGGAAUCAUGGCCAGUCAGUCGAAUUGGUCCUUCGGGGACCGAGUGGUCGGUUCUUGCCUCUGCCUUAUAUCGUAUCAGUCAUGUGUCACGAGAUGGCCCAUAUUGAGCAGAUGAACCAUGGACCAAAGUUUCAAAAGCUCAUGCGCGAGAUCAAGCAAGAAGUCAAAGAAAUGCAGGCUAGAGGAUACUACGGCGAUGGUUUCUGGUCGGAUGGGCAAAGAUUGAAGGAUAGCGUGAGGAUGGGGGCCGAGGGACUGAAACCGUCCGACUUUCCUGAAUACGUCUGCGGUGUUAGCGCUUCGGACGCAAAGAAGGCCAAACGUCGACCUCCGACUGGCGUCAGCCUCACAUCCGGACGACAGACCGAUUACAACACCAAACCUGCGCGAAGGAACCACGCCGAUAUGGGCGACAACGGAACAAGGCUGGAUGGUCGCAGGGAGAUCACCAAGGAAGACCUGGAUGAGAAGAAGCGGUGGAUCGAUGAUCGCGCACAAGAGAUUCUCACGACCGGUGUCUCUGUCAAAACUGCUAGGGCAAAGGCAGGUAAGGAGUGGGCAGCUCAGAAUCCAGGGAAUACGAGGGGAAAAGUUGCCAAAUCCAAGACUGCCGCCGAGCUGCGAGCUGCCGCCGCAGAGGCACGCCUCGCAGCAACAUCACCCGACAAUCCCGGAGGAUUUGAGGUGCCUGACCCACACCUCAAUCCUGCUCAACGCAGGUCUCAGAUCGAAGCUGAGAUGGACGAGGACGAAAAGCGACAGCUCAGGGGGGGCUGGGAAGAGUUCAUGCAGUUUGACACGCCGGUAAAACGACACGCUAGUCCUCCGGUGGGCGCGAGAAAGAGGGGUCGCAACGCCGAGUCUACAAGCUGGGCCUGUGCGGUCUGUACCUACGAAAAUGGCGCGGACCAGCGGCGGUGUGAUAUGUGCGAGAGCCUACCUGUAGCCUAGAUAUUCCAUAUGUAUGCC